CUGAAAGAAAAGGAAAAUGCUCUAUAUUCCAAAAACAACGAUAAACGCAUUACGUUUGCCUCAGUAUUUUCAAAGUGUUUGUCGCUGAUCGUUUGCAGACAAAAUGUUGUGAUUUAACCAAUAUCGCGUACAUAUAUACAUACAUAGGUAUAUAUCUAAAUAUCGUCUCGAUCCAUAUGUAAUAUCUAUUUAUAUCAAAAAAAAAAAAAAAAAGAAAAUAUUAAUUUAAAAAAAGUGGAAAAUUAAAGUGGAAAUUAACAAUGGCUGCGGUUUUGUUUAUUAUCACAAUACCAACAGAAGCUGAAGAAAACCGUUUGAAAAAGGAGUUCAUUGCAAAAAUUAAUGAAACAAAAUGCGAACGAGCUGAUCAGUCAUCAAUAGACGCUUCGACAGCAAAGAUCGACGCAAUAGGCGUAAAGCCACCUGCAAACGUUUUAAUAACAACGGCAGCUGCAACAACAACUACAACAACAACUAAUACCGCUACAGGCAAAUCAAUAUUAACAGAUGUUAAUAUAUCAGAAGGUUCGAAUAAUGAAACCAUUUACGAAAGCAACGCCGAUAGACCAGAUGUGCAAUCAUUGAAUAGUGGAAACACAACGAUUGGCCAUGAUAUAGCCAAUAUUCAAUAUGGUACAUUCCCAAAGCGUAGGAAGUCCGUAAAUGAUUAUUCAGUGGAUGUUGUAAAAACUUUAGAGAGUACGACCAGUCUUAAGGAAAUGCCAAUAUCAGGAGAGUCCGGUAUACCUGCUACCCGUAAAUCUUGGGAAGGCUUACGCGAUUAUCUCGCUUCAACAAAACGCAAAGCUCAAAAGAAGAAAUCUACUACAAUGGAGUUAGAAAUAUGUCAACAUACUUGCAUGGAAUUGGUUUUGAAAGAAAUUUUAAGAAAAUUUCAGAUCCAAAGUGCUGUAUGGACCAAGGACGCUGACAGUAAAAUUCAUCAGAUAUUCUUCACAAUUGAAUUUAAUGAAACCUAUGAAAAACUUUUGGACAAUUUUAAUGAAUGGGGAAUUGGCGAUCGUGAGGGUUCUAGUAUUACCGUAAUGAAUUGUUUAGCUUCGAAAACUUUUUCACGAAAGGAAAAUAAUGAUGACCUAAAUGCCGAUGACAAUGCCGAUAAUUUAGCUCAAAAACAAGGCGCUUGGGAACGUUUUAUGAAUUCGGUACGCAGUCGUUUAAACGUAGCCCAGAUUGUUCGCGAUGUGAGGCAAGAUGCUGCUGUAACAUUUGAUUUUGUUGUUUUAUUGGUAGCAGCAGCAAUUUUAGCUUCUUUCGGUUUAGUAGAGGAUAGUACUAUAUUUUUGGCCUCGAGCAUGCUGAUAUCGCCUCUUAUGGGCCCAAUAAUAGCCGCAAUUUUCGGUACAGUUAUCAAGGAUAGUUCUUUGGGUAAACUGGGUCUAAAAAAUGAAUUGUUUGGCAUAUUUACGGCCAUAUUUGUGGGCUUUAUAUUUGGAAUGAUAGUUUGCGCUAUAGAUGAACGCUAUGGUAUCGGCGAAGGCCUAACCACCGAGAUGUUGUCACGUUGCGAAUUGCAUUCGCUAAUAGUGGGACUAUUUACAGCUAUAGCUUCAGGAGCAGCAGCGGCAAUUGGCAUAUUGGGUGGUAAUACGGGAUCGCUGGUAGGUGUUGCUAUAUCAGCCUCCCUAUUACCACCAGCCGUAAAUUCUGGUCUGCUUUGGUCUUUUGCCGUUAUCUAUAAAAUAUAUGAAAACGAUGAAUCGCGUUUUAGUAACGUAGUACCCAGUAGUAUAUAUUCAAAAAAUCAAGCUACCGAAUUGGCCAUUUUGGGUUCAAUAAGUACUUGCUUAACCAUAUGCAACGUUAUAUGCGUUUAUCUAAUGGGCAUAUUGGUUUUGAAAAUUAAAGAGAUUGCACCCGUUAUAUCCCGCAAUAAUCGUGAAUUUUGGAAACAUGAUAUUAAGAUUGCCAGAGAUCUUAAUCGAAUUGGUUUCGAUACAGAUACCGCCAUAAUUGAUGAAUACGCCAAUUUGCCGAAAGAGGAUCAAAAAGCUUUAGGCAUAAGCACAAGUGACUUUUUACGUACUAUACAUAUGGAUGAAGCAUCAUAUCAAAAUACUUGGUCGCCGUUAGGGGCAAGGCACCCGUAUGACACCCAUUAUGAACCGAUGAGAGAAAAUUACACUACAAUACAUCGCAUAGAAAGAUUAUAUUCAACUAUAACCCAUCAACACCAUCCUGUAAAGGAGAAGAGACAUAGGUUCGGAUUGGGGAGGAAGCCCGCAGGACGACUGGCAGAUUCAAACACCUCCUAUAAAGUACUUAGUGAAAACCGUCCAUGUUUCCCGUCCGGGUUUUCGAAGAUGGCAAAUAUUCCUUGUGUUAAUAUUGUAACACCGAAUACUAUUACAGCCGGCUCAACAUCACAUUCGUUGACGCCUACCAUAAACGAUGACCGAAGACGACGAAAGUUUAUAGUUACACCGGCCGAAGAGGAUCCUUUACAAUCCACUUACCCUUCAGACGAUGCCGAAGUAUGAAAUGGCUUUUCUUGUUGCUUGAUUGUAGACCUAUAUGCAAUAGCAAAAUUUAUUUAUUAAUAUUCUAUAUUCACACAAACCAAUUACGAUUCUUAUUGUUGUAUAUUUAGGUAGAGAUCUUUUCUUUUCCUUUUUUCUUAUUUUAUUC